CGAUUAUCUCACCAUGCAACUAUAUACACCAAAGUCUACUUCCUGAAGACUAUAAAUACCCCAACACCUUUGCCCUUCCAAAACCACAAAGCCUAAUACUCAACACAUUGAUAUUGAAAGAAACGAGGUGAGAAAUGGCAGAUAUUGAAAGCCAACGUAGUUAUAAUGUUGGAGGAGAAAAAACAUUUGCCAUUUCUUCGUCGAAUGAUUCUCCAACUGAUGGUGUCGGCGGCUUUGACUUGCCGGUGGAUUCCGAGCACAAGGCAAAAGCCAUCAAAAUCUUCUCUUUUGCUCAGCCCCACAUGAGGUCUUUCCACCUUUCAUGGAUGUCCUUCUUCACCUGCUUCGUAUCCACCUUCGCCGCCGCUCCCCUCGUCCCCAUCAUCCGGGACAACCUCGACUUGACGAGGAGCGACAUCGGAAACGCCGGGGUGGCCUCCGUUUCCGGCAGCAUAUUCUCCAGGCUCGCCAUGGGCUUCGUCUGCGACCUCAUAGGCCCGCGAUACGGCUGCGCGUUCCUCAACCUCCUCACGGCGCCGGUGGUUUUCUCGGUCGCGUUCGUCUCCUCCGCGCCCGGGUUUGUCGCCGUCCGGUUCCUCAUCGGCUUCUCGCUCGCCACCUUCGUGUCCUGCUCCUUCUGGACCAGCACCAUGUUUAACGGCAAGAUCAUUGGGCUCGUGAACGGCGUCUCCGCCGGGUGGGGCGACAUGGGCGGCGGUGCUACUCAGCUCCUCAUGCCUUUCCUUUUCCAAUUGAUUAUACUCGCGGGAGCAACACCGUUCACGGCGUGGCGUAUCGCCUUCUUUAUCCCCGGAUGGCUCCAUAUUAUCACCGGAGUCAUGGUCUUAACCCUUGGCCAGGACUUACCCGAUGGUAACCUUAGUGCUUUGCAAAAGAAGGGUGACGUUGUCAAAGACAAUUUUUCUAAGGUGUUCUCGAACGCUGUGAAAAAUUACAGAACAUGGGUUUUCUUCUUUCUCUAUGGCUUCUCAAUGGGAGUUGAGCUUUGCAUAAACAACAUGAUCACAGAGUACUUCUUCGACAGGUUUGAUCUGAAGCUUCAGACCGCAGGGAUAAUAGCGGCGUCGUUUGGCAUGGCCAACUUCUUCUCCCGCCCGUUAGGUGGCUACUCCUCCGACAUGGCGGCAAAGAAGUUCGGCAUGAGGGGGAGGCUAUGGGUGCUGUGGAUCGUCCAAACCCUCGGCGGACUGUUCUGCAUGUGGCUGGGCCGAGCCAAUACCCUUCCUGUCGCCGUCGUCGCCAUGAUCCUCUUCUCCCUUGGAGCCCAGGCGGCGUGCGGUGCCACGUACGGCAUCAUCCCCUUCGUGUCACGGCGGUCGUUGGGGCUCAUCUCGGGGCUGACCGGCGCCAGAGGCAACUUCGGCGGAGGGUUAACGCAGCUGCUGUUCUUCUCCAGCUCGAAAUUCUCCACGGCUGCGGGGCUGACGUGGAUGGGCGCCAUGGCCGUCGCCUGCACGCUCCCUGUCGCGUUCAUCCAUUUCCCGCAGUGGGGAAGCAUGCUUUUUCCGGCGUCCAAGAACGAGAGUUACAGCGAGGAAUAUUACUACGGGUCGGAGUGGAACGAGGAGGAGAAAUCGAAAGGUUUGCACCAUGGGAGUCUCAAAUUUGCAGAGAACAGCCGGUCGGAGCGCGGCAAGCAACGGAUUUCUUCCGUGGCAAGUCCACCCAAUAUUAUCACCCCAACCCGUGCUUAGUUAACUAAUUAAACUAAAUUAAUCAAUAAGCUCCGUACGUGCA